GUGAUUAUGGCGGUUGUCGAGAAACAUUGACAUUGGAGUUUCGCGUUGCGUUGAGGCGUUGUUACAUCGUGUACAUAACAUUACGAAAGCAUUUCGUUUCAAAUCUCAACGAUUUCCUCGCACCACGCGUUUUCAAACUGUGAUAUAUGUAUCAAAUCAGUGUCCACCAGUGCAGUGUGAACAUAUCCAGUGCUUGUCUCAGCAGACAAUCGAAUUCUGCAGCACUUCUCAAGUGUGCAGAACACCCAACCUCAUCAAGUAGUAUCUUAUUCGGCGAUUCGACGACCAGGUUUGUUGGCGUAACAAUGUCUCGUAGCUAAUGUACGUUUCGAAUAGGCGACGAAGCGCGUGCGUAGCUAGCUAGCGAAAAGUUGAUCAGGACAUCGGCACGAUGUCGUACCCAGGACGCCCACCGCUGGUGCAGGGCAUGCCGCCGAUGUAUAUGCCCAUGAGUGGUCCACCACCACCGUUAAUGCCUGCCGUUAUGCCCAUUCAACACAUGAUGCCUAUACAGGUUUCGUCUGGGCCGCAGAUUCGCGCAUUUCCGAAGAUAAAUCCGAUUCGUGAACAAAUGCGGCAGUUACAACUACAAGGACCGCCAGUUACCGUCUUUGUUGGAAACAUAACAGAACGUGCUCCUGAUACGAUGAUUCGUCAAAUAUUAUCGGCUGUUGGCCCUGUAGUGAGCUGGAAACGCGUGAAAGGUUUCGGUUUCUGUGAGUUAGCUGGUCCUGAUGCUGGGUUGAGAGCUGUAAGAAUUUUGCAUGAUUUAAUGGUCGGUGAAAAGCGGCUGGUUGCUAAAGUCGACGCGAAAACUAAAGCCAUAUUAGAUGAAUACAAAGCUGAGAAGCGAAAAAAAGAGAAAGGUUCCUCAUCACCGCUUCAGGACGAAGUGGAAGAAGAAGAACCCCUCGAUGAAGAGUCCCAAGCGUUGGAUGCACAAGCCAUCGAACGUAUCAAACAAUUACUCGUUGAAUACGAGGAAGAAAUGAGUAAUUUUGAGUUGAAAAAAGAAGAAGAGCAACAAGAGAAGCGUAACAAAAUCCUGGACGAGGCCGAUGUGGAAGAGGAGAAACGUGAUCUAAUCACUCGCGAGAUUGGCAAAUUUCGCGAAAUAAUGAAGAAACAAGAGGAGGAACGCGAGGUGAGCCGCAAGAAGGAAAAGGAUCGGCAUGGGGAUCGGGCACGCACGCGUGAUAGGUCUAGCAGCCCUUCGCAGAGUCCUAAACGACGUGUUGAGAAGGACGAGAAGAAGAAACGGCACACCAGGUCAAGAUCAAAAGAAAAAACUGAAAAGAAUGACAGAGAACGAGAGCGUGAUCGUAGUCGCAGUGAACACGAUCCAGAACGCGCUAGGGAACGUGAACGUGAAUCUGUCAGGGAACGAGAUCGCGAAAGAGAGCGUGAUCGAGAGUUGAGAGACCGUGAACGUGAGCGGGAACAACGCGAGCGUGAACGAGAACGCCAGGAUCGUGAACGUGAACGCGAGCGUGAGCGUGAUCGCGAUAGAGACCGAGAUCGUGAUAGAGACGAGACAAAAGUCAAAAGCACCAAGGAUCUUCAAAAGGAGAAAGAAAUCGAAGAGGAGACCAAGGAGAAGAAGCGCGUUGAGCGGCGGACGCGUGAAAAGGAAGCUUCCUAUCAGGAUCGCCUGCGUGCCUGGGAGGGUCGUGAGCGUAAAAAGUCCAAGGAGUACGAAAAGGAGAGAGAGAAAGAAAGACAACGCGAAGAAGACCGCGAGCGUGACGCGAAGAGACUCAAAGAGUUUCUGGAGGAUUACGAUGAUGAACGCGACGAUGUUAAAUUCUACAAAGGUAGAGAAUCAAAACGUUUGGCUGAACGUGUCAAGGAAGCCGAAUCUGACGGCCGAGAUAGAAUCAAAGAAAAGGAGGAGAUUGAAGAGUUGAAGAAUAAAAUCUUCUCUGGAGAGUUUGAUGAUCCAACCGCCGAGUUUGAAAAGGUGAAGAAACAGCGCGAGGAGCAAUACAAACCGAAGUUGUUGAUUGAUGUUAAUAUGGAGCAUUGGAAGCAGAGGGAGAAGGAAAAAGGACGUGAACAGGAACGGCAGAGACAAAGGGAUCGAGAUCGUGAUCAAGAGAGGCAACGACAUCGACAGGAACGAAAAUUCGUUGUACAACAAGCAGCGCAAGAACUCGCCGCUGUUGAAGCCGAACCGAUUGAUAGUGACAGUGAUAUGGACAAUAAUGAUCACUUUAGCCCUACUGAACCUCCGCCCGAAAUGGAGAAUAAUGUAAAGAUUGAAACACCGCCGCCGGUGGACGAAGACUCACGGCAUUCUUCUGCGUCUAAUCAUGAGGAGGAGGCCGCGAAUCCAGCGCCGCAUCAUACAACGAUGAAAAUGACGCUUGCAAAACCGAUUGUUUUCAGCCCGCAUGGUCAGAAUAGAGAUCCAAAGCGGAAGAAAUUGGAUUUGCGCGAGGUGUUUAAUCCUGACGAGGAUGAUAACACUACAAUGGUUAAGAAACGAAAGUUAGUUCCCUUAGAUUAUAAUGAAGAUAAAAAGACGAGUAAAAAAGAUAAGGAAAACGGUGAGAAGAAGUCGGAGGAAAGUAUAAAAUCGCAGGAAGAAAAGCGGAAACAUAUUAAGUCUUUGAUUGAGAAAAUUCCGACUGAGAAAGAAGCACUGUUUGCAUAUCAACUUGACUGGUCGGUGAUUGAUAACGGACUCAUGGAGAAAAAGAUCCGGCCAUGGAUAAAUAAGAAGAUUAUUGAAUACAUUGGUGAGCCGGAACCCACGCUGGUUGAUUUCAUUUGUUCGAAAGUCAUGGCCGGCUCACAACCGCAAAUAAUAUUAGAAGAUGUACAAAUGGUUCUAGACGAAGAAGCCGGUUUUGUUGUGAAAAUGUGGCGACUGCUUAUCUAUGAAGUCGAAGCUAAGAAAUUAGGAAUUUCAUAACGUACUGGAUAAGUUAACUACAAUCAUGAAAGGGGUGACGCCUAGAAACGAACCUAUCUGCUGGACAUCGAAGCCGACAGGUUAGUGAGUUUCUUAUAUAUUAAAUUAUGUCGAAAUGAUUAUUUGCCUUCCGUUGCAUUGGAGAAAUGCAUUACAUUACACUUUACUUCGUAUCAAACAUAUUUGUGGUAUUAAAUGGCGGCGACCGCUGAGUUUGCUCUGAAUUAAUUUAAGUAUUAUAUUUAUAUGCGACGCCCGAAAUACAACAGAUUGUAUAAAAUAAAACAUAUCCAUCUUAAA